ACUAUAGGGUGACGUCACGUUUUGUCCCCAGUUGUGUGGUGUACUGGACAGAAGGUUCAGGCCGCGGAGGUAGCGGCGGGUCAUGUGACCCUGGGCAGCCAAAGUUUGCUGCUUCAUCCAAAGAGAUGUCCCUGUGUCAGUGUGCUGUUAAGCACAGUGAUUCAGACAUGGAAGGUUGCCGCUUUACAGCAGCUGGGUUAAGAGUGUAUCUCUACUGGAGCAAUGGCAAAGAGCACUAUAUCAGCUACUCAGAAGGUUCUACCACUGCAGAGGAGAUCUGCAUCAACAUUGCCCAGAGAAUUGGAAUUACGCCUCUCUGCUACACUCUAUUUGCUCUGUAUGAUGUCCAAGCAGGAUGUUGGUUUCCUCCCAAUCAUUUGUUUAACAUAACUAAAGAUAUGAAACUGUUCCUCCAUUUUCGAAUGAGGUAUUAUUUUAGGAACUGGCAUGGAAUGAAUGAAAAAGAGCCUAUAGUCUGUCGAAAUGUGCCAAAGAGUGGUGAUUCCAGUGAGGAUAAGAGUAAUAAUGAGCAUUCGGGUGCCAUUAUGGACUGGGCAUCAUUUGAAUACCUUUUUGAGCAGGGCAAGUAUGACUUUGUGAAUGAUGUGGUGUCACUUAAGGAUUUUCGGAUGGAGCAAGACAUCCACAGGUUUAAAAAUGAGAGCCUUGGCAUGGCUGUACUGCACCUCUCUCACAUUGCCAUCAAGAAGCAAGUGUCGCUUGAAGAAGUUGCGAGGCAAAUCAGCUUCAAAGAGUGUAUACCGAAAUCAUUUUGUCGCCAAAUCCAGCAAAACAACUAUCUCACUAAAUUCCGCAUGAGGAAUGUAUUUAAGAAGUUUGUUCGCCGUUUCCACCUUCAUACAGUUGGCCCAGGCAAACUGACUGAGCAGGACGUCAUGUACAAGUAUCUAUCCACCUUGGAGAAUUUGGCAUCCAGGUUCGGUUGUGAGGUCUUCAAGGUUCUGUCCCUGGACCAGCCAACAGAUGGAGAGAAACUCUAUAUAAAUGGGGGCUAUGUAGAGCACUCAGGAAUGGAAAGCAGAGAAACCACAGCAUCUCACCAGGUUAUGGUCAAUGGAACAGAAGGAAUUCAGUGGAGGCUUAUUAAAGAGGAGCCAAUCACAGAAAAUAACAGCCAGAGACAUUACUUUGGUAAGAAGAGUCGGACAAAAGGUCAAAAAGCAGCCAAACCUCAGCAGGUGGCAGAGAAGAACUGUCCAAAGUGGGUGAGAUUUUGUGAUUUCCAAGACAUCACACACAUUGUGAUCAGCAAGUGCAGGGUCAGCAUCAACUGCCAAGAUAACCGGUGUCUGGAAAUGGUUCUACCUUCUUAUGACGAAGCUCUUUCCCUUGUGUCCUUGGUGGACGGAUAUUUCCGACUAACAACAGACGCAAACCACUACCUGUGCCACGAGGUGGCUCCUCCUCGUUUGGUGAUGAGCAUCGCCAGCGGAAUUCAUGGACCUAUGCAGGAGCAGUACGUGGUAUGGAAACUCAAGCGGGAUGAGCAGGAGGAUGGAGUUUACAUUUUACGAUGGAGCGCAUACAAUUUUAAUAAAAUGAUCAUGACUGUGAAAAGAAUAAGCCCGAGCAAAAGCUUCAGCUAUAAGCAGUUUAGAAUUGAGAAAUCUGGUGACACUUACACCCUGGAAGGAUGGGAUAGAGAAUUCAGUAGCGUGAAAGAUCUAACCGAGAGCCUCAGGGGCUGCACCCUUAAAUCGUCAGAAGAGACCUUCUCUGUGAAGAAGUGUAUACUGCCCAAAUCUGGGGAAAUUUCCAACUUGACAAUUUCUCGCAAAGGACGAGGUAGCAGAGAGCGGAAAGAAUCCAAGAGUCUGAACCUCAGUCAGCUGAGCUUCCAUCAGAUCCGGAAGCAUGAAAUCAUGCAGAAAUCACACCUAGGACAGGGCACGCGGACCAAUAUUUAUGAAGGAAUGCUAUUGAUUAGCGAGGGAAGUGAAGAAGAUCCAGAGUAUGAAUCAAUCGAACUUAAUAAUAACGCUCGUGAUCUAAGGGUCGUCUUAAAAGCGUUGGAUCCCAGUCACAGAGACAUUGCAUUGGCUUUUUUCGAGACUGCAAGUUUGAUGAGCCAGGUUUCUCACAUCCACCUGGUAUUUGUGCAUGGCGUUUGUGUUCGGGAAACAGAGAAUAUCAUGGUGGAAGAGUUUGUUGAACAUGGACCACUGGAUGUUUGUCUGCGUAAGGACAAACAGCAGAUUUCUGCAGGGUGGAAAUUCACAGUGGCAAGACAGCUGGCAAGCGCUUUGAGUUAUCUGGAAGGCAAAAAUUUGGUUCACGGGAAUGUCUGCGCAAAGAAUAUUCUGUUAGCCAGAAAAGGCUUGGAAGACGGAUCCUCUCCUUUUAUCAAGCUAAGUGACCCUGGAGUGACAUUCACAGUAUUGUCCAGAGAAGAGCGUGUGGAAAGGAUUCCCUGGAUUGCUCCUGAAUGUGUUCUGAAUGUCUCUAGUCUCAGCACCGCUGCUGAUAAGUGGAGUUUUGGUACAACAUUGCUAGAAAUCUGCUUCAACGGGGACGUACCUUUAAAGGAGAGAACCCCAUCGGAGAAAGAGAGAUUUUAUGAAAAGGAGCUGGGUCUUCCAGAGCCCUCUUGCAAGGAACUUGCCAAUCUAGUGGGUCAAUGCCAUAACUACAAUGCUGCCGGAAGACCCUCUUUCCGGACUAUCCUCAGAGAGCUAACUCUGCUCCAGCCAAAUGACCUUUCUGAUAUUGCCUCGAUUAGCCCAGAUUAUAGCAUCACAGAUCCCACAGUGUUUCAGAAACGAUACUUGAAAAAAAUCCGCGAGUUGGGAGAGGGACACUUUGGAAAAGUGACUCUGUACUGCUAUGACCCAAACAAUGAUGGGACUGGGGAAAUGGUGGCCGUGAAGUCACUAAAGUCUGGAUGUAGUCAGCAGCUGGAGACCAGUUGGAAAGGAGAGAUCAAGAUACUAAAGACCCUUUACCAUGAAAAUAUUGUAAAAUACAAAGGGUGCUGCAGUGAGCAAGGAGACAAGAUAGUCCAGCUUAUCAUGGAGUAUGUUCCUUUGGGAAGUUUACGUGAUUAUCUACCUAAACAUAAUAUAAGCCUAGCCCAAAUAUUGCUCUUUGCUCAGCAGAUUUGUGAGGGAAUGGCAUACCUUCACACUCAGCAUUAUAUACACCGUGACCUUGCAGCUCGCAAUGUCCUUGUAGAAAAUGAAAAUGUGGUCAAAAUUGGUGAUUUUGGGCUUGCCAAGGCUGUCCCAGAAGGCCAUGAUUAUUACAGAGUUAGAGAGGAUGGAGACAGCCCAGUAUUCUGGUAUGCCACGGAGUGCCUGAAGGAGUGUAAGUUCUUUUAUGCUUCAGAUGUCUGGUCCUUUGGGGUCACCUUAUAUGAACUACUGACUCGAUGUGACUCCUAUCUCAGCCCUCCAGCCAAAUUUAUUGAGAUGAUCGGAGUCACUCAGGGACAGAUGACCGUGGUGCGGUUAAUUGAUCUUUUAGAUCGAGGUCAAAGGUUACCAUGCCCUAAUGACUGCCCUCUAGAGAUUUACAAGUUGAUGAAAAACUGCUGGGAGACUGAAUCAAGCUACCGACCAUCCUUCACUAAUCUUAUUCCAGUCCUGAAGUCCUUCCAUACCACUUACACCACACAGGCGCCUUCAGUGUUCAGCGUGUGUUAGCUUUACAGACACAAUGCAUGUGUAAAAUGAUACUUUAGAUCCUUCAAGGGGAUUGUUGUGGAUCCAACUCGACAAUGUCCAGUGCAUAGACAAUGAGCAGCGCAAAAUUUUGUUAUGACUUCUAAUUGUGGACAUGAAAAUUAAGACCAUGAAUGUAUGUCGAACCACUGCACAGAGGUCUACGUAAAGGAGUUGGCAGUACAAGAUAGUUACUAUCAUCAAAGGAAAUAGCAUUAUUAUCAAGAAGAAUCUGAUUGGUUCUUGAGUUGAACAGAAUAUUCUUUAACUUACUGCUGGAAUGGACAGCAACAUUGCCUCAACGUAAGGCUGAUGAAGAAAUCCAUUACAAAGCAAAGUGACCUAAAGAUACUGUAAGAUAUGUUCCACUUUCCACUGAAGAAUCUUCCACAAGCUUGCAAGCCUUGAAACUACUAUAUGGAACGGUCAGGAAAACCCCUGUCUUUUUGUUGUGUAAAUUAGUGCAUGUAACUUAUGAAGAGCAGCAAGCCAAAAAAUAUAUAGGAAAGCUAUUAAAUAAAAUGUCACUUUAAAGGUUACUAACUAUAUAUAUAUAUAUAUAUAUAUAUAUAUAUAUAUAUAUAUAUUAUAAUGUAUAUUAUAUAAUAUAUAAAAUGCUACAUGCCUUUAAAUCUGUGAAAUAUGUUGUAGAUUAUGUAUUAAAAUUGGUUCUGUUGAAUCUUUUUAAUGUCAGAGUAUAUGGGAGUUAAUUUAAAUUCCUCAGUGUUUCUCUGUUGUAUAGGAACUUAAAUUAAAUCUUUAAAUCUC